UUUUUUUAUCAAGCAGGAUCAAAUAUUCAAAUCAACACUAGUGAAAUACUAUUUCUCAUUUUAUUGCUUUGUAAGGUAACAUUCUAAAUUGGGAUGGUAAGAGUGAGGUAGCUGGAGAUGUUGAAUGUUACAGUGUCUUCAAAUUCUGCCACUCUAACACAAAAAUUCAUCACCUUUCUUGAAAAAUGCAAAUCAACUUCAGAGUUCAAGAAACUUCAUGCUUUGUUAAUAACCUGUGGCAUUUCCAAAGAAACUCAAUUCAAUUCAAGAAUCCUCUGUUUCACAGCAUUAUCUGAUUCCUCCAAUAUAGACUAUGCUCAUCGUGUUUUUCUACAAAUUAAAAACCCAACAAUCUUUGAUUACAAUGCUCUUAUAAGGGGUUAUUCUAACAGCAAAAACCCAUGUAAAUCUUUGUAUUUAUUUGUUGAAAUGUUGCAGAAUGAGGUUUUUCCGAACUAUUUUACGUACCCUUUUGUUGUUAAGUGUUUAGCUAAGUUGUGUGAGGUUAGAAUUGGUAGGAGUGUUCAUGGAGGGGUUUUGAAAAAUGGGUUUGAUGUGGAUUUGUAUGUUUCGAAUUCUUUGAUUCAUAUGUAUGGUUCUUGUGGUGAUGUUUUUUGUGCGAGGAAGGUGUUUGAUGAAAUGCCUGUGAGGAAUUUGGUGUCGUGGAAUUCGAUGUUGGAUGGGUAUGGGAAAUGUGGGGAUGUUGUUUUGAUGAGGGAGGUGUUUGAUUCGAUGAUUGAGAGGGAUGUUGUGUCGUGGAGCUCUUUGAUUGAUGGGUAUGUUAAGGAUGGAGAAUAUGCUGAGGCGUUGGCGAUGUUUGAGAAAAUGAGAGUGGAAGGGCCAAAAGCGAAUGAGGUGACCAUGGUGAGUGUUUUGGGUGCUUGUGCUCACUUGGGUGCGCUUGAGCAAGGGAGGGUAAUGCAUGAGUACGUGGUUGAGAAUAAGUUGCCUAUGACUUUAGUGUUGAGGACGUCGCUUGUUGAUAUGUAUGCUAAGUGUGGUGCAGUAGAGGAGGCAUUAGUUGUGUUUCGAGAGGCUUUAGGGAGCAAAACCGAUGUCUUGAUUUGGAAUGCCAUGAUUGGAGGUUUGGCAACACAUGGCCUGGUUACUGAGUCUUUGGAAUUGUACAAGGAAAUGUGCGUUUUAAAGGUGAGACCAGAUGAGAUUACGUACUUGUGUCUUUUAUGCGCUUGUGCUCAUGGAGGAUUAGUUAAGGAGGCUUGGUGUUUCUUUGAUUCUCUUAGUAAAGAUGGCAUGAUAGCAAAGUGUGAGCAUUAUGCCUGCAUGAUGGAUGUACUAGCACGUGCAGGUCAUUUAACAGAAGCCUACCGGUUUCUAUGUGAAAUGCCUAUGGAACCGACUGCUUCCAUGUUAGGUGCACUACUUAGUGGCUGCAUCAACCAUGGAAGGUUGGAUCUUGCAGAAAUAGUAGGGAAAAAGCUUAUCGACUUGGAGCCAUUUCAUGAUGGUAGAUAUGUUGGGUUAUCAAAUGUAUAUGCGCUUAAAAAGCGUUGGGAUGAAGCAAAAGCCAUGAGAGAAGCUAUGGAUACUCGGGGAGUGAAGAAAUUGCCUGGUUUCAGUGUUGUGGAGAUUUUUGGGGCUCUUCACAGAUUCAUAGCACAUGAUAAAGCACACCCUGAAUCGGAUCAAAUCUACACGAUUCUAGAUUUUGUUUUGUGGCAAAUGAAGCUAGGUAGAGAUUGUGAAGAGCUAGAACAAUUGUUAUGUGAUAUCAAUGUAGGAAUUGGUAAUGGAGAUGAUAGCAGUGCCUUGCAGAUGAAUGAUUUUUCGCUAUAAGAUCAAGAUCACACAGUCUGUUUUGAGCAGUAUAAGGUGGAGAGCCAUACAUGAGGUUGGCUUAGAGAGCCCAGUAAACUCAUUACUAUCUCGUCGUGACUGAAACAGGCGAACAGAUUGAAAAUCAAGAUUCACAACAUACGCCCAACUUCCAUUGCCAUUGCAAUGCACGUGUAGGCGUAGCUCACUCUAUACAUUUGAUAUUGACCCCUAUUGAUGUAUCUAUCUUGAUUGAAUACGAUUGUUGCAGUCACAGAAAUUGGGGACGGAAUUCCUUGAAGAAAUCUCAAACUUGAAGGAAACUCCUGCUCAUUUCGAAAGCUGAACCUUCUCCAACUUGCAAAUGUGAAUGCCUCCAGAUAUCAAAACCCUUGACUAUGUAUUGGUAUUGGCUUGAAGUAAUGUACUUGUCAUUUACUAUGAGACACUAUCUGAUGUACAAUUAUAAUACAGAACUAAAAAGUUUACAGGGAGAACUCAUUGGAGUUGAUGAAGUUAUAUUAUUGGAGUAAUCAGAAAUGGUAGCAUUGAUCUUUUGAGUAAUC